UGUCGUUCCCCUCUUUAUUGGGAAGACGUCGGAGAGCGACGAGUACUCGGUCCGAAGAUGAUCGAGAAGACAGCAGAUCAGGUCGAGUUGAUCCGGCAGAGACUCAAGACAGCUCAGAGUCGACAAAAAUCUUCAGCCGAUCAUCAUCGACGAGACAUUCAGUUUGAGGUUGGCGAGCAAUCUUUUCUUAGAGUUUGUCAUAUUUGCGGAGUAUUUCGAUUCGGGAAGAGAGGGAAGCUGCACCCUCGAUUCAUUGGCCCGUUCGAGGUUCUCGAGCGAGUAGGCGAAGUUGCGUACCGAUUAGCCUUACCUCCCGAGCUAUCAGGCAUUCAUAAUGUCUUUCACGCGUCUAUGUUGUGUAAGUACGUGUGCGACCCCGAUCUUGUCAUUCCUCAUUCAGAUAUUCAG